AAAAUAAUUACAUGUGUACAAUUGACUUAAAAGAUGCUUAUUUUUUAGUCCCAGUAGAUAAUGAUGAUAAAAAAUAUUUACGGUUUUAUUUUAAAAAUAAUAUUUAUGAGUUUAAUUGUUUGUGCUUUGGUUUGUGUACUGCUCCACUUACGUUUACAAAAUUGUUAAAACCAGUUAUAUCUUAUCUACGCAGUGUGGGAUUUAAAUCUGUGAUUUAUCUUGAUGAUAUCAUAUGUAUUGGAGAAUCUUUUAAUGAGUGUGUAGAAAAUUGUAGUAAGACAGUGUCACUACUAGAAUGUCUUGGAUUUUACAUAAAUAGGGACAAAAGUAGUUUGCACCCUAAACAAAUAGUUGAGUAUUUAGGAUUUAUAAUAAAUACAAGGACUAUGACCUUAUCAGUCUCUGAUAAGAAAAGAUGUUCAAUCCUUUUAUUACUUAAAACGUAUUUAAACAAAGAUUCCUAUACUAUUAGGGAUUUUGCAUAACUCAUUGGAACUUUAACAGCUUGCUGUCCAGCUGUUAGCUAUGGUUUUCUGUACACAAAAGUUUUAGAAAAACAAAAAUGUGUAGAGUUAUUUAAUCAUAAUAAUGACUUUGAUUCAGUUAUGAUUAUAAAUAAUGAAUGUAAAGAAGAUUUACAGUGGUGGUAUAAUUGUAUAGAAUCAGCCGUUAACCCUAUUAAAAAUUGUCAAUUUAAGUUAGAAAUUUAUUCAGAUGCAUCUCGCACUGGAUGGGGAAUAUUUUGUGAUGGUCAGGUAGCAAAUGGAUUUUGGACAGAAGAAGACAAGAAAAGUCACAUAAAUUAUUUGGAACUACUAGCAGCUUUUCUUGGAUUACAAUGUUUUGCAAAGGACUUAAGCGACUGUCAAAUUUUACUACGUAUAGAUAAUACAACUGCCAUAGCUUAUAUUAAUAGAAUGGGUGGUAUUCAAUUUAAUAAUUUAAAUCAGCUUGCACGAGAAAUAUGGCAAUGGUGUGAAGCCCAUAAAAUAUGGAUCUUUGCAUCUUAUAUAAAAUCUAAGGACAAUAAAGAAGCUGAUUUUGAAUCUAGAAAUGACAAUAUUGAUUGUGAGUGGGAGCUGUCACCUGCAGCAUUUCUAGAUAUAGUGAGGUCAUUUGGAAAUCCUUCCAUUGAUCUAUUUGCUACUAGAGCCAAUACUAAGUGCAAUAGAUAUCUGUCCUGGCCUAGGGAUCCAUAUGCAGAAAAUAUUGACGCUUUUACAGUAUGUUGGCAUAAUUAUACCUUAUUUUAUGCAUUUCCACCAUUUGCUUUGAUCUCUAAGACGGUUCAAAAAAUAAAAGAUGAUAAUGCUAUAGGCAUUUUAGUUUUUUCUAUGUGGCCGGCACAACCUUGGUACCCAUUUGUUAAAUCAAUGGCCAUUUCAGCUAUUAAAGUGUUCAAGCCUUCAAAACAAUUAUUGUUAUCACCUUCCAGAAAUCUUCAUCCUCUGCACAACAGCCUUUCCCUGGGGGCCUGCAUAUUAUCAGGGAAGCAUUCAAGAAACAAAUGAUACCUGAGGAUACCAUAGAGGUUAUGAUAUCUUCUUUAUCUGUUAACACAAUUAAACAAUAUUCAGUAGCAUUGAAUAAAUAUUUUUGUCUGUUUGUUUGUCUAUAUGCUUAAAUCUGUAUGAUUUUGAUGCGGUUUUUUGUAAUAGGUAGAGUAAUUCAAAAUAAAGGUUUAUAUGUAGAAUACAUGCAUAAUAUAUCAUCAUUGCACCCAUGCGAAGCAGGGGCGGGUCACCAGUGUGUGAUAAAACAAAACCCCAAACCUUUUCGAACAAAAUUUACAUUUAGACAUAUAUUGUACUUUUUAAAUUAAGUUACCAAAUUUCAAACCAGAUAUGACCAUUUAUAACUUUUGCAAUCUUAAAUUCUGUUGAAGUAAUUUGAAAUUCCCGCGUUCUCCUAUAGAUGUCACUUUUGACACUUAAUAUUUUCCCUCCAUUUUGGCGUCAUUCUCUAUGCUCUAAGAGUAAUGCUUUCUAAAGUUUGUCAAGAUGAUUUAAAAAUUAUUCAGUUUGGUAUUAAAACGGCAUUCCUUUAUGGAA